ACACGUUAGACUCUUAGAUAGCUUAAUAUUAUAUCUCCUACCAAUUAAUGGACCCAUCCACACCCAUCUUGCCUCCGUAUGAGCCGACAUUCAUUCAGUCUGUUCUCAGUCUUACACAAUUGUAAUUCUCCUCUACGUUUCUACCAGUCUCAUAAAUUGUUCGGUGCUUAUAAUUUUUUCAAGUCUUAUAUUAUUUUAUAGUGUUUAUUAUUUUUCCGAGUCUUUUAAAAUUUAAAGUGUUUUUUACUUUUUAAAAUCAUUUUUAAAACAUGGUUGGUUCAAUCACCGACAACGCUACAUUAUACAACGAGAAGAAGGCUUUCGCGUACGUUCCUCCAUCACCACCGGCUAACCUCAUCGAGUCUACCUGCUACACGUUGGACUUCACGGCGAGAAAAUUUUUACUUGUCGGUAUCGAUCCGACAGAACAACUUCAAACAGUUGUUCUCUUAUUAACAUCAUCACGUUAUGUGAAAAUAAGUACAGAUUUUCUAAGACGGAUAUUCUCACUUAUGGGUAACGUACUAUCAUUUAUAUUAGACACGCCGCAAAAGUAUAAGCGAACCACAUUUCUCGAAACCGAUGCUUAUAAAAUAUCGAAUAUGGUGUAUAACGGUUCAAACGUUCUGGUAAUUGAAUCCAAGACUGAAGACGGGUGUAGAGUUUUAUUAAGUCGUUCAGGUUUAAUAAAACUCCAGGGAUUAGAAUGGUGUAUUACUGCUAGUAUUAAUGAAAAAGAAGAAAAAAUAAAACCAGUAAUUAUUAAGCAAAUUAGUGAUUAUUGCGAGUAUUUGAUGGAAAAAUGCUUGCAAUCGGAUUCACCGCCCAACAAUUUGAGGGAAAUGGAAAUUUUCAUUCGGAACGUUGAAGUCAGACAGAGUAAGAAGACACCUAACCUCGGUCAAAUUAAAAUGUUUGCGACUACACAAUUGGCCGAACUUUGUAUGGCUCAUCGGAACGUACAAAACUCAGAAGUGGUAAUUUAAAAAUAUAAUAUUAUUACGUAUAUAAAAUAUUAAAUUACACUUAUUUUUAUUUUAGGUAUAUGAUAAGAAUUUCAAAUUGCUGUCAUCUUUAUCACCCAGCUAUUCAACAGUAAUGGAUGAAA